CAUUUUGAAAUACUUUACCGGUAUCAUAUACUCCAUAAGACUCCUGUCGACUAUGAAAAUGGCGUCUACAACCGGCAAACUUAUACCCCCUAUGAUGUGGGCUCAAAGAAAAGAUAAACUGUUCUUAACUAUCAAUCUCGAAGAUGUUAAAAGUCCAGAAAUAAAACUGGACGAAAAAAAACUAUACUUCAGUGGCACCAAAGGAGCAAAUUCAGCUGAUCAAGUAAACUACGAAUAUACUGUCGAAUUUUUCGAAGAUAUAGAUCCAGCUGAGUCAAAAUAUGGUGUACUACCACGCCACAUUCCCAUGGUUCUGAUGAAGAAAUCUAGUGACGGACCUUUCUGGCCUCGUCUAACCAAGGAAAAAACGCGCAUGCCACAACUGAAAACUGAUUUUGAUAAAUGGAAAGAAGAGGAUGACUCUGAUGUUGACGAUAACAAUGAUAUGAAGAUAGAAGAUAUGAUGAGCCAAAUGGGUAAUUUCGGUGGAGCAGCAGAUAUGGGUGCGGAUAUAGAAGGAGUUGAAGCUGAUGAUGAGGAUAGUGACGACGAGAAGUUGCCUGAUUUGGAGUCAUAAGAAAACCUUUAUUUGUUAGCAAGUUUGAUACGUUGUAACGAAAGUCCGUGUAUUAAUAAAUACUUCAGUUAAAUUUAAGAGAUGAAAACAAAAUGAUAAAAGAAAAAAAAUACUAUAAAUGUGUGAACACAGCAUUUUGCUAAGAUUUACUCUUUCGAAUUGUCCUAUCAGUUUUCGUUCGGUCGGUAACAACGCUCGUGUACUGUACAACUCCAACAGGGUUGAAUAAAUUAUUAAGCCCUAAAGGAUACCCAGGUAUAUUAUACAAACGAUUUACCCCGGAACCAUUUACGGAUUCAUUGCUCCUCUCUGCCAUUCUCUUAUCUAGGUGUUUAGGUAACUUCCACUGGGGAAGUGACAAAAUUGAUCGCCAUUUUGGAUCGACAUCAAAGGCUGGAUUUUGCUCCAACCACGAUGUCAGCUGUCUAAGAAUGGGUGCUUUUGAGCCCGUAAUUCUGCGUCCAGUUUCUCUAUUAAUGACUGCCACAUUUUCUUGACCUGUUAAAGAUUCAGCGUUUGCCUUCACUGGAUCAAAUCUAGGCUUUCGACUUUUCUUUGAAGCUGGCUCAUUAACUUGUGCAACAGAGUAGUUGGGAUGUUCAAUCAACCAAUCCUCCAGCUCAAAUUGUCUGGGAGCGUCUUCCCCUUCUAACCUUGUACCAUCCUCAUCAUUCACGACCGAAACAUGGGUGUCGGGAUCAACGAACAAGCGUUGAUAAUCAUUUGUUUCGGCGAAUGUUCGCUUUCUUGCUCUUAAACUUGGACUUGAACCGUUUACUUCUGGCACAUCACUGUCGCUGAGGGCUACUUCUUCAAUCCUCACUGAUUUAUUCGCGGGUCGUUUAAUUGUUAGCUUCAAUGAGUCAUCCUGCAUGGAUAAGAGUAUAUUAUUUGAAGCGAAAAGUAUAAAUGCAGGCUUGGUUCUAUAUUAGUUCUUAUUUUGAUAUUCUUUUCAUUAAUCUAAAACAUUAUCUGUAAACUACAACAGUUUGCAACCUACAUAGAUUAAGCCAGUCUAAUUUACACAUAUGUUAGAUAAAGCUUCUGAUUUAAGAAAGCGACGACAAACCUCGGCCAUCUGUACACAUAAAUCACUACUGUUCACCUUGCUAUAGAAAGCUAGCUCAUCAGCAUUUGAUGAGGAAGUUGUGGGCCAUUCUCCUGUUG